UGUCUGACAGGAUGUUUGCUUUCCUGCUGAGCGGAGGAGUACUGAAGCAAGGCGCCUAGGGUGUCCAGUGCAGACUGAGAGGAUUGCGGCACAGCAGCCAGGAAGAGUGCCCACCAAGUGCCAGCUGUGUUCUGAGAUCUGACUUAUUGCUCACGUCUGCACCCAGCAGCAGCACCGUGCUUUAGCUCCUCGUGGAGCUCUCUGCUGCACAGCCAAGAUGCUCUCUGCAGAGGCAUGGUACUGGCAAACAAAUGUCACUUGUGAGAGUUCGGUAGACAUGGAACUGGUUCUGCAUUACUCUCUUAUUCCAUCGUUUGCCAUCAUUUUGGUGCUGUCCUUCCUUGAAAGAAGAGUGAGCAGGAGUCAGAUAGAUGGAAAAUUGCACCGCCUCAAUGGUCACUUUGGAAUUGUCAUACCCUUGGAUUUUGUUGGGACAUUCAGCAACCGAUGGUCAUUUGGUUUUGCAUUUGGAGCUACGGCCAAUAAAGUUAUGUUCCUGUUUUCGGAAGGUUACCAGCCACUGCGAGUGCCCAAGUGGGCCCAAGCCAUUGUGCUUCUCAUAGGAGCCACUGAAGUGGGCCUUUCAUAUUUCCCUUUCUUCGCCUGCCUCUCGACAGAAUUCCAGAUCACAGGGUCUGUACUGGGAUUCUUCUACACGUUCACUUGGUUCGUAAUCAUGAUCACAAACAUUGUGCAGUGCCCACAUGGACAAGUGAUGGGAGACUAUGAGAAGAUCAUAUUUUAUUGGCCUUCCCUGUUCUGUCUGUUUUUUCUACUGGGCCGCUUUGCCCUGAUGUUUGUGAAAGCACUGAGGGUUCACUUAAAGAUGGAUGUGUCAAAUCAGGAAAAUCAUUUUCUGGAGGUGCAUCAGGCUCAGCAUGUCAAACGUCUGGUCAGGAAGCCCCCAGAGCGAAAGGCUCAGAAAUCUUGGUUCCAGCGCAAGGUGUAUGAAUGGGACCCAUGCUUUCAGUUCCCAGGCAGAAUGAUUGGCACAUCUGCACUAGCCUUAAUCUGCCUGUACAUUUUUAUUGUUAUUGAGUUUUACAUUUACAAGGAAGUCUCCGAAGGGCUGAAGAUAUUGGAUCAGAGAUUUGAAGAGCUUGUUGAUUCUAGCAAUGGCUCAGAAGUACUUGUAUCAGCUGUCUUGCAGCUGAAAGAGUUUAUUAAUGUCACUCAAGGUGUUUGGAUUUUCACCACCUUUGCUGCCUCCCUAACGUGUGUAAGCUACGUAUUUCACAUCUUAGCCUGCUACAGGAAACACAUGAAGCGGCUGUGGGCAGGGAAGAAACAUUUCCUUCCACUAAGAUCUCAUGAGCCUGCUUCUUCUCAAAGUGUGGCAGCAAUAGCAAGAUACUCUGGUUGGCAAAUUGCAUACAUAUUAUGGGGUUAUUUGAUCAUUCAUGUGGUGCAGUUUCUGUUUGGUGUAAUGAUCAUGUACAGUUUUGUUUUGCCAAUACAGCAUGGCCAAGGGCUGGAAAUGGCAAAAGGUUUGGGAAUUGGAAUUCUUACAGUUGGAAUUGCCACAGGGCUCAUGAUAGUACAAAUCAAGAUUGCUGCGAGAUUUUUCCUUCAGCCAAAGAUCUUGCCAGAUGAUAAGCAGAAGCCAUUAGCUCUCAAUAACAGGAAAGCUUUCCACAACUUCAAUUACUUUUUAUUCUUCUACAAUGUGCUCCUGGGCUUGGGGGCUUGUUUGUUCAGACUGCUUUGCAGUGUCGUGUUGGGAACUUGGCUGAUUGCACGGAUAGACAGGACUAUAAUGCAGAAAGGGUAUGAAGCUGCUGACAUGGGAUUCAACACAUGGGUUGGUAUGAUAUUUAUGGACCACUACCACACUAACCCCACCCUCCUCAGCUUUUGUCACAUUCUUCUGGCCGAAAAAAAACUGCACAAAUCCACCAAAUACUAUUCCUUCAAUAAUAGAUCAGGGACAUCUCACUCCAUCAUGUCUGUUAACGAAAAUGAAACACAGGUAGAGAUCCAGGCACAGGAGCAACAGACUGCAGUAGGCAGGGUGGCUGGCCUGCCCUUGGUCAGCUCUGCCUGUGAGAUGGCCUCUGCCAGCUAUGCAGCCACCAAAGAGACCUACCCAGCCAUCAAAACUGUAUGUGAGGUGGCAGAGACUGGGGUGAGGGCCAUCACCUCUGCUGCCGUCAUCAGGGCACAGCCCAUCCUGGACCAUCUGGAGUCACAACUUGCAGCAGCCAAUGAAUAUGCCUGUAGAGGUCUGGACAGACUGGAGGAGCAGCUGCCCAUCCUGCAGCAGCCGAUUGAGAAGGUGGCUUUGGAUGCCCAAGACCUAGUGUGUGCCACAAUGGUGGGUGCCAAGGAUGCAGUCUGCAGCACGGCCACUGAGGCAAAGGAUGCAGUGACCAGCAUGGUGGGUGUGGCCAAGGGGGCUGUCCAGGAGAGUGUGGAGGUGACCAAAUCUGCAGUGACCAGCAGCAUGAGCACAGUGAUGGGCUCCAGCAUGGGGCAGAUGGCUGCAAGUGGCAUUGACAUGGCAUUGGCAAAAUCUGAGCAGUGGGUGGACCACUACCUCCCCAUGACAGAGGAGGAGCUUGCUGAGCUUGCAACAACUCCAGUGGAAGGACUAGGAGAGGCUCCUGCAGAGCAGCAGAGUUACUACGUGCGUCUGGGUUCCUUUUCAAGCACGCUGCGCCAGCGAGCCUACCAGCACGCCCUGGGCAAGAUGAGACAAGCCAGGCAGCGCACCUUGGAGGCCCUCUCCCAGCUCCAGCAAACCAUUGACCUGAUCAACAGUGCCAAGCAGACUGUAGAUCAGAAGCUUCACAAUAGCCAGGACCGUCUGCACCAGUUGUGGCUCCAGUGCUGCAGGGGGAAGUUUGAAGGUCAGGAGGGCCCAGACUCAGCAGAGGUUGAAGCUCAGGCUCUAGCCAUGUCCCAGAGCCUCACCCAGCAACUGAAAAUCACCUGCCUUACACUCCUGGGCAGCAUCCAAGGCCUUCCCCACACUAUCCAAGACAAGGCCCAGCAGGUCUCCAGCAGUAUAGAAGAGCUCCAGGCUUCCUUCUCCAGUGCCAGCUGUUUCCAGGAUCUGUCCAGCAGUGCCCUUGCCCAGAGUCGGGAGAAGGUGGCAAAGGCCCGGGAGUCUCUGGAUGAGCUACUGGAAUAUGUGAUGCAGAAUGUUCCCCUGGACUGGAUCGUGGGACCCUUCACUCCCGCUGGAGACUCCACACCAUGUCCUGAUGAGCUGGUGGAGGAAGGAAAGAAGGUGGAGGCCUGA